AUGUCAGUCUCCUGCCGGUACGCAGCCCAGUGCUGCGCCCGCCAACUGCGCACGAGCAGCACCACGACCCCUCUUCGCGCCUCGAGCUCCCUCUUCCAGCAGCAACAACAACGUGUGACGAGGAGGUACAACUCGACCGAUGCCGCUGCGGCGGCCCCGAUCAACCCCAAGAUCUCGGCUAUUGUCGACCAGAUUAGCCAAUUGACUCUGUUGGAGACGGCAGACCUUGUUUCGAACUUGAAGACCCGCCUCAACAUCCCCGACCUCCCCGUAGGCGGAUUCGCCGCGGCCCCCGCGGCAGCCGCCCCGGCAGCAGCAGCAGCCGAAGAAGAGGAGGCAGCCCCCGCAGCGGCCGAGAAGACGCUCUUCACGCUCAAGCUGCAAUCGUUCGAGGCGACCGCCAAGCCCAAGGUGAUCAAGGAGAUCAAGAACCUGCUGGGGCUCAGUCUGGUCGACUCCAAGAAGUUUGUGGAGAGUGCGCCGAAGCAGAUGAAGGAGUCUGUGCCGAAGGAGGAUGCGGAGAAGAUUGUGGCUACGAUGAAGGAUUUGGGGGCUGUUGUUACGAUGGAGUAG